AUGCAAAGCCUCAGUUUUCUGAAUCGCCGCGCUCUCUCCGAGCGCGACGUCGUCCAUACCGAAUCGGCACACGACAAGAAUAGCGUGACAACCACCGUGUUCUUGCACAACCUACACUGCAGCAGCUGCGUUGAGACGAUCGACGAAACGCUCUCCAAUCUCGAGCCUCCGCCCUACUCUGUACAGACUUCCAUCGUUUCCCAGGCCGUCACUAUCAACCACCCUGCCGCCCUCUUGUACGCUAACAUAAAGAGCGCCCUCGAGGAUGCGGGCUUCGACAUUGCGACGGAACCGAUUCCUGGCCCUUCUCGCCCUCUGCCUCAUAGAACCCUCACCCACCGGCGAGAACGUCACUUUCAACAGUGCUCAAUGUGCCAAAAGAACCUGCCGGCGCACGAUCAUCAUGAACAAUCCUCCGGAGCAUCUGAGUUCGGCAGUUGUGUCGUCUCACUGUCAAUUGGUGGCAUGACUUGCGCCUCCUGUAGCAAUACCAUCACCGAUGCUUUGACCGAGCUUCCUGGCGUCCGAGAUGUCACCGUCUCGCUUCUCAGCAAUUCUGCCUCUGUAACCCUGGAAGACGAAGCUCUGUCCGCUACUAUCACUCAGGCCAUUGAGGACCUGGGGUACGAAGCCGCCGUUAUGGAUGUGAAACGCGAUGCGUCGACCAAGCCGACCGUCAACGCCACCGGGUCCCAACGCCUCACAUUGUCCAUCGGAGGCAUGACUUGCGCCUCCUGCGUCUCGACUAUAAUAAGUCUCCUAGCGUCUAUGGAGGGCGUGUCAGACGUGGCCAUUGACCUCCUUGGAAACUCUGGCACGAUGCAGGUCGAACGACCCGAACUGGCGAGGACGGUUGUGGAGGCCAUUGAGGACGCAGGAUACGAGGCGGCCGUUGUCGACGCCGAGUCCGUACAGAAGACGCUACAAGACGAAGGGCAUAAUACUCGCACACUAUCUUUACUCGUGGACGGCAUGUUUUGCCAACAUUGUCCAGCAAGAAUCAUGUCGAAGCUGGACGCUUUUGGCGUGCAAGUGGCGAUAGACAAACCUCUCACCGAGAGUGAUCCCAUCCUUCGCGUCACGUAUCAGCCCUCGCCGCGCUCGCUCACGGUUCGUGACAUCGUGGCCGCAGUUGCAUCAGCCAAGUCGCCUCCCUUCGCCGUCUCCGUGUAUAAGCCGCCAAGUUUGGAAGACCGCGCUCACGCCAUGCAAGCUCGCGAGCAGCGCUCAAUCCUAUGUCGCCUCUUGUUCUCUUUUGUGGUUGCUAUACCCACAUUCAUCAUCGGCAUCGUCUACAUGAGCUUGGUAUCAAACUCGGACUCGACCAAACAGUUCUUCAUGCGCCCAAUGUGGACAGGCAACUCUUCGCGCAUGCAGUGGUCGCUCUUCUUCCUCGCCACUCCCGUCAUGUUUUACAGUGCCGGGAUGUACCAUUUGCGGAGUUAUAAGGAGAUUCGCGCACUCUGGCGACGGGGUAGUCGGACUCCCAUCUGGAAACGCUUUGUCCGUUUUGGGAGCAUGAACUUGCUUGUCUCGGCCGGUGUAUCCGUCGCAUACUUCUCCUCCAUCGUUCUUCUCGCUCUGUCGGCGUCUCAACCUGCGACGGAUGGCGACACGACGACGUACUUCGAUUCAGUUGUCUUCUUGACCAUGUUUCUACUUAUGGGACGCUAUCUGGAGGCGUAUAGCAAGACCAGAACCGCGGACGCUAUCGCCGAUCUUGGCAAGCUUCGUCCAGCUGAUGCAUACUUGCUCGUACCAAACUAUGUCUCGAGCAAGCUCUUUGUCGUUCAGGACGGCAGCUCGGAUCACGACGUCGAGAAGGGCGACGCAGAUGUCGAGGCGGCGCAACGAGACGCUCCCAGCGGCUCGCGUGUACAGAAGAUCUCGGUAGACCUUCUUGAAGUAGGCGACGUCGUUCGGGUGCAGAAUGGCGCGACACCACCAGCGGAUGGGACCAUCGUCUCAGGAGAGUCAACCUUCGAUGAAAGCUCUUUGACAGGUGAAUCGCGACCUGUUCGGAAAACGGUCGGCGACCAGGUCUUCCUCGGCACCAUCAACACUUUACGCGCUGUCGAUAUCCGGAUCGGCGCCAUCGGUGGCGAGACGAUGCUUGAUCAUGUCGUAAGAGCCGUCAGGGAGGGGCAGACAAAGCGUGCUCCCAUUGAGCGCAUCGCGGACGUGCUCACCGGCUACUUCGUCCCCGUCGUCACGCUUCUAGCCAUUUCGACCUGGAUCAUCUGGUUAGGACUUGGCUAUGGCGGCGCUCUUCCCCAAAGCUACUUGGACAAUCCUGUUGGCGGUUGGGCCAUAUGGUCCCUAAAGUUCGCCAUCGCCGUCUUCGUCGUGGCGUGCCCCUGUGGCAUCGGCCUUGCCUCUCCGACCGCUCUGCUCGUCGGUUCGGGUGUUGCUGCCAAGUACGGUAUCCUUGUCCGAGGCGGAGGCGCUGCUUUCCAAGAAGCCGCUCAAUUAGACAUCGUCGUCUUUGACAAGACUGGCACGUUGACGCAGGGCGGGGAACCUUCGGUGACGGACCAUUCCAUCUUGUCUGGCGGAGAUUGGAAGGAGGAAGUCGUACUUGGCAUGGCUGAAGAGCUCGAGUCGUCUAGCACGCAUCCUAUCGCAUCCGCCAUCCGCAAGUUCUGUGCUAGCAAGGGCGCCAUCUCCGUGGGUGCAUCAGCAUAUGACGAGAAACCCGGUCGCGGUUUGAAGGCAGCCUUUGCGUCCCGACAAUCCGAGGCCAUCAUUGGCAACGAGCGGUGGAUGGAAGAGCACAACGUCGAAGUCGGGCAAGACGUUGCCGAACGUUUGCAAGCUUGGAAAGCACAAGGCUGGAGUGUUGUGCUGUUCGCCAUUCGCGGCGCGGAAACACCGUUUGAACUCGCCGCGGUCUUCGCAGUCAGUGAUCCGCUACGUCCGCAGGCGGCCGUGGUCAUCGGCCAUCUGCAGGAUCGCGGUCUCAAGACAUGGAUGAUCUCCGGAGAUAACGCCACGACAGCACAAGCCGUAGCGAAGCAAGUCGGUAUACCAUCAUCGCAGGUUAUAGCCGGUGUCUUGCCACAUGAGAAGGCCGAAAAGAUUCGCUCUCUGCAAAGCUCGCAGCCCAUACGCCGACGUUGGUUAUCUGGGCGCAGGCUUGAUGAAAGGAGCAUCGUGGCGAUGGUUGGUGAUGGGAUCAACGACGCACCAGCACUUGCAUCUGCAGAUGUGGGUAUAGCGAUAGGCUCGGGAAGUGACGUCGCUUUGUCCAGCGCUGCGUUUGUACUCGUAUCAUCCGAGCUGCAAAGCCUCAUCACACUCUUUGACUUGUCGAGGACGGUGUUCAGGAGAGUCAAGUUCAACUUCCUCUGGGCGCUUGUGUACAACGUCGCUGCCAUCCCUAUUGCUGCAGGUGUGAUAUACCCUGCUGGUCACGCGAGGCUUGACCCGGUCUGGGGAUCACUGGCUAUGGCACUGUCGUCUGUGUCCGUCGUAUGCAGUUCUAUCGCCCUCAGGCUAUACCGGCCACCGCGCACAUCGCUUAAUAAGGAUGUGCCCAUCAGUCGUGAUACGUUACCGACGUAG